GGCAUGAGCCACUGUGCCUGGCCCCUGACUGACUUUUCUUAUCUUUUUUCAUGCCUUGUUUUUCUGGAAAGUCAGUCAGGGUAUACUAGAUAACAGGAACUGAGAUAAACAGGUCUUAGGGUGAGAAUUUAUGUUACUCUGGCUGCGGCUGGGCUGUGUUUGAUGUUUUCUGUGGCUGUCGGAGUCCAGACCUCAUGGCUAUGGCCCAGGCUCUGUGUCACUGCCACCUCUGUACACCCAUCUGGAGCCCUGUGUUGAUGUGUGACUAUCACCGAGUUCUGAGUCCCAGCUGGGAAGUAGGGGCCAUCGUAGAUGCCCUCCCUCGGCCUGUGUGCCCUCCGACUCCAUCCUGGCUCUGCCUGUGCCCUGCUCUCUAUGCAGGGAGCCCCUGCAGUCCGCAUUUCCCACCCUAGCAGCCCUCUGCCAGGUUCAGCCAAUGAAAGUCACAGGUGAGAGUUGGAGGGGAGGUGGCAGGGCAAAGCCGAGGUACUUCUCCCGCUCUCUCUGCGCAGAAUCUCUGACGGUGGCUAUCUCCAGCUCUGGCCAGACAGGCCUUGUGAGGGUCCAGCUUUUACAAGGUGACCAUAGCUCCUUGGCUCCGGUAACAUUUGCUCUCCCUGCAUCAAGGACCUGGGGACUGUUCCUACUGUUGCUGAUCUCAAGGUUACUUCACUGAGCCCUGUAUGGCUUCUUAGCCUCUUUGACUUCAAGUCCCUGCGUUACAUUUCCUGUGUUUCAAAUACUCAGAGAUGUUUGGUCUUGAGUAGAGACACUGACUCUUACAUUGUACCUGUUCAGGCCAGAGCCACAGACCUCUGAGUGCUCCAGCCCUGCUGCAUCUAAUCCACCCCCAGCUCUGCCAGGAGCACGAGCCCAAAGACAGAAACACGGUCCCCCGGGACAGUCCAAAGAGACCUGCAGAGGACGGAUGUGUGCGUUGGGGCCAUGAAGAUGGAGUAGGAGCUCACUGGACAGAGAAGAUGGGGAAGGACACUCCAGGGAGGAGCGAAGGCUGAGGUCCGCUUGAGAAAAUGCCUGGGUGGUUUUGGUGCUGUGAGAUUCUGGGGUAGGUGAGGCUGUGUGUGCGCGUCUGUAUGUGUGUGUUGUGGGGUGGGGCGGGGUUGGGUCUGAAUCUUCAGCAGGGGCAGCAGAACAAAGGGCUAGACGCCCACCCCAGGGGGUAGACUCAUCAGUGCUCCCUAUGCGAGAGUGGAAGUGGGAAGCCCCAGUGGGUCCUGGGCUGCAGGAGAAUCCGUUGCCCCAGGAGCAGAGACUGGGAAGCAGCACACAGUAAGGGCAAAGGGUGGACUGCGGUAGCUGCUCCGUCCCCCCCUCCCCACCCCUAGGCCAGGUUUCGCUUCUCCCUGAGAGUCCUGGGGCAACACCCCCUGUCCUUUCCCUCGCGCCCCCAUUUUUAAACUUACGUGAGAGCUUUCGGGGACCGGCUGCGGGCAUCCCUUCCCCUAGCCCAGUGGGUGGUGGAACCGGAGCCCAGAAGUCCAGCCCUCUGGCCCUGCGCCUCCCUGGCUAAAUAGCGCCCUGUGGGGAGGAAGCAGGGCCCCAGGCGGAACCGGGAAAACACACCGGGGCUUUCUACAAACCCGGCCACUCCCACUGAAUUGGGAAAGCGGUUAAAAGAGGUCGUACCGCAUUCUGCGCCGCGUCCCUCUCCCUUCAGUCCCGCCGCAUGUCCCCGACCAGAGGUGGCCUCCUAGAAGGGGAGGUCCCCAAACUCGAGGCCCUGCGUGUAGGGGAGGGGAGCGCCCGCCCCUUCCCCGCCGCUGUGAGCGCCCCGGGAGGGGACUCGGGCUGCCGUCCCUCCGCCUCUUCCCCCGCGGGGCGAAGCGAUGGCUCGGGCCGGGGCGCUGCUGGCGCUUUGGGUGCUCGGGGCCGCAGCGCAUCCGCAGUGCCUGGACUUCAGGCCGCCCUUCCGGCCGCCGCAGCUGCUGCGCCUCUGCGCGCAGUAUUCGGACUUCGGCUGCUGCGAUGAAGGGCGCGACGCCGAACUGACCCGCCGCUUCUGGGACCUGGCGAGCCGCGUGGACGCCGCCGAGUGGGCCGCGUGCGCCGGCUACGCGAGGGACCUGCUGUGCCAGGAAUGCUCUCCGUAUGCAGCCCACCUCUAUGACGCCGAGGACCCGUUCACACCCCUGCGCACGGUGCCCGGGCUCUGCCAGGACUACUGCCUGGACAUGUGGCAUAAGUGCCGGGGGCUGUUCCAUCAUCUCUCAACUGACCAGGAGCUCCGGGCGCUGGAGGGCAACCGUGCCAGGUUCUGCCGCUACCUGUCCCUGGAUGACACGGACUACUGCUUCCCUUACCUGCUGGUCAACAAGAACCUCAACUCAAACCUGGGCCAUGUGGUGGCUGAUGCCAAGGGCUGCCUGCAGCUGUGCCUGGAGGAGGUGGCCAACGGGCUGCGCAACCCCGUGGCCAUGGUCCAUGCCAGGGAUGGCACCCACCGCUUCUUCGUGGCCGAGCAGGUGGGGCUGGUGUGGGCCUACCUGCCCGACCGCUCAAGGCUAGAGAAGCCUUUCCUGAACAUCAGCUGGGCGGUGCUCACCUCGCCCUGGCAGGGUGACGAGCGUGGCUUCCUGGGCAUUGCCUUUCACCCCAGCUUCCGGCACAACCGCAGGCUCUACGUCUACUACUCAGUGGGUAUCCGCACCAGUGAGUGGAUCCGCAUCAGCGAGUUCAGGGUCUCUGAGGAUGACGAGAACGCCGUGGACCACAGCUCUGAGAGGAUACUCCUGGAGGUCAAAGAACCAGCUUCAAACCACAACGGGGGUCAGCUGCUGUUCGGGGAUGACGGGUACCUCUACAUCUUCACCGGAGAUGGCGGGAUGGCCGGAGACCCCUUUGGGACCUUCGGAAAUGCCCAAAACAAGUCGGCGCUGCUGGGCAAGGUGCUGCGCAUCGACGUGGACCGUAAGGAGCGCGGCCUGCCCUAUGGCAUCCCGCCCGACAACCCGUUCGUGGGCGACCCCGCCGCGCAGCCCGAGGUCUAUGCCCUGGGCGUGCGCAACAUGUGGCGCUGCUCCUUCGACCGCGGCGACCCCGCGUCGGGCGCGGGCCGCGGGCGCCUCUUCUGCGGCGACGUGGGCCAGAACAAGUUCGAGGAGGUGGACCUGGUGGAGCGCGGCGGCAAUUACGGCUGGCGCGCGCGCGAGGGGUUCGAGUGCUACGACCGCAGCCUGUGCGCCAACUCCUCCCUCAAAGAUGUGCUGCCGAUUUUCGCCUACCCUCACACAAUUGGCAAGUCGGUCACAGGGGGCUACGUGUACCGGGGCUGCGAGUACCCCAAUCUGAACGGCCUCUACAUUUUUGGGGAUUUCAUGACCGGGCGUCUGAUGUCCCUCCACGAGAACCCAGGGACAGGCCAGUGGCACUACAGUGAGAUCUGCAUGGGCCAUGGCCAGACCUGUGAGUUCCCAGGCCUCAUCAACAACUACUACCCGUACAUCAUCUCCUUCGGGGAGGAUGAGGCCGGGGAGCUGUACUUCAUGUCGACAGGGGAGCCGAGUGCCACUGCUCCACGUGGGGUUGUCUACAAAAUAAUUGACCCGUCCAGGCGGGCACCACCUGGCAAGUGUCAGAUCCAGCCUGCUCAGGUGAAGAUCAGAAGCCGCCUCAUCCCCUUUGUGCCCAAAGAAAGUGCUGACAGGCCACCGCGCACGCAGACAGCCCGCCCCAAGGGAGGACUCAGGGGAGAAGAGAGAUGCAACUCCCCGGAAGCAUGCCAAUCUACAAAACCCCGAGUCAAAGGUCAAGCCACGCACUUGACUCUCUCAAGUCACCUGCUUGGCCCUCUUCUAAGUAUACUUUACUUCCUUUCAUUCCUGCUCUAAAACUUUUAAAUAAAUUUUCACUCCUGCUCUAAAACUUGCCUCUCACUCUACCUUAUGCCCCUCAGUAGAAUUCUUUCUUCUGAGAAGGCAAGAACUUAGGCUGCUGCAGACCCAUAUGGAUUCGCUGCUGCUAACAGAGUCAUUGUUCCAGGGGUCCAGAGAGACAAGGCAAGAGAAAUUCCUCUCCAGACAGUGCGCUGCAUUGUGUAAUCUCAGGGAGCUGUUCCACAAACUGGAUACUAAAUGUGGUGCGGUCACAUUUCUUUUCUAGCUAACCAUCCCAACCCACCUUCCAGCGCGCAGGAAUCCACACCCUCCUUCUUGUAGCCUCAUCCUCCCUCCAAACUGCCCCCAAGCCCUGGAGCUUUCACAGCCGACAGGGGACUUGGUGGCCCCAUUCCACACCUCACCUCACCCCAGCAGGGCCAGCCUGAGUUACCCGGUGCGCCUGCGGCUGCUUGUCACCGCCGCCACACGGGGGCGCCGUGGCAAGCCAACUUCCCCGAGUCCCACUGGGAGGACGGGCCAGGCGUCGGGGGGAUGGACGCCCUGCUGCCCACCUGUCCAGGCUGCAGUGGCCCCGGGGAGCAGAAAUCCCGCCUCCUCCGUGCUGGGCACGGCUCUUAAGGCUUGGCCCUCUCCGUCGUCCCUCAGCCCACACACCCCUAACAGCCAUGUCCCAUGUCCCUGGCGAGGACUGUCCCUGGCUGUACCUGGGAAAGCGGUACAAAGGUCCCCUUAGUUUUCCAACCCCCAACCUCUCCAGGACUGGCUCAAGCGUGGGGCAGGGGCAUUGCCUUUUCUCAGAAACCCAGCACCAGCUACACUCCCUGGGCACCUCCCUCCAGCCCGGGGACCUUUACCUGGGCUAGGAGUGGGGCACACCUGACCGUCCCCAGUCACGGCUUUCACGCUGGGUGGCCCCUCGGAAUAGGAAUUGGGAACUAAAACGCCCAGAGUUGGCCUCAUCGUCAUACGGGAUGGGUAAGGAGACGUGCGUUACGACAGAGGGGGAAGCCCUGAUCAUUAUUUCGAAAAUACCUUCUCCUCCGCUACCCUCGCCUCCCCGGCACACUUCCCGCUUUCCCUGGAGGGCGGACCCAGAUUUUCAUCCCUCCAACUCCUUCGGACCUGAGCCA